AGGACAGGAAGAAAAAAAGAUGAACUCCCUUAGCCUGUGGUUUGCUUUAAUUCUUCUGACUGUAAUCACAAACAUCAGCACUUCUCAAUAUACUUCUUGUUCCAGUUAUAAAAACAUUUCCGAUCCGUGGCGGAAUGUUGGCUUUUGCAAGAAAUCUUUGAAUAAGAGUGACGCUAACCUUGUGGAGGGAUGGUAUCGCUUCAUCGGUGCAGGUGGAGACCAGGUUGUCUCUUCCUGUGCAUUUACUAACACCAGUGGAAACGUCACCAUUUACAACUUAUUUACGUGUAAUUCAAACAUCAACUACACCUAUUAUACACCCUGCAGUGGAGGAUUCACAGUCUACUACCUCCAGCCCAUUAAGAGAACCUAUGCUACACGGCAUUCACAAUGCAGCAAUUCUUCUUGUGGAAUAGGCGCUCAGUGUGGUACUGUUUAUGGCAGCUGUGUGUGUGAGCCUGGCUUAGACGUCCCUGACAACUUUACAAGCAAUAACACAUGCUCAGUUCUCACAGUGGAACCGUCUUGCCAGAGAACAGACUGUGCAAUUAAAUUUCUGAACGAAAUUGACGAUCUUCUAAAUAAAACAGAGGGCCCACUGCCACAAACAACUGUGGAGACUUAUUUGAAGUCAGUAAUGAAUAUUACAACUACCAUUGUUGUGCAAAAUUCUACUAACGACAGCAAACUAAUCGAGUAUGGAAAUAAAGUACUGGAUGUCACUGAAAAACUGCUGGCUGCAGUAGUGACACCAACUCCCACCCAGAACCAAACAACAAUUUCCCUCAGCAGUAUGGAGGCUGAAAUAUUUACAGUUGGGGACGGGACUACCCUGAGUGAAAUCCCCCGCCUCAAUGCAAGCAACGCCUCCCUGAAUAUUGAUCUCAUUGGGAUUUCCAAGAAAAACAAUGGAUCUGCUUCUGUGGUGUUUGUGAGCUAUAAUGACAUGGGCAGCAUCCUGAAGCCUAGUUUCUUUAACCCAAACACCAAUGCAGUUAAAACCAUGAUGUCCAAUGUGGUGUCAGUGACACUUCCUAAAGUCACAAACACACAACUCACCAAACCUGUCAACCUUACCUUCAAAUACAUCAAUGCAAGUACAUUCAACCCUAAAGGGAAUUUCUUCUGUGUGUACUGGAAUGCAACUGAAUGGGUUAAAGAUGGGUGUAAAAUCAGUGAGAAGAACAGUAGAUACACGAUAUGCUCUUGUGUUCACCUGUCCACCUUCGCUCUCAUCAUGAUGCCCAACCCAGAUGCAGAUGAGAGUGAGGAUGAUGCCACAGAUCUCUUUAACACAGUGGCGGUCUCUGUGGGGUUAGUGUUCCUCACCUUGACUGUACUGACUCUUGCUGUUUGCCAGCGAGGACCAAAAAUCACCAAUGCAGCUUUGCUCAAUCUGUGUAUCAGCUUGUUUUUUGCUCACCUGACAUUACUGCUCACACAGAAGUUCUUGCAGAGCAUAAAAGAGCAUACUCAGGUUUGUUUCAUGCUGGCUGGAGUCAUACAUUUCCUCUUUCUUUCUGCGUUUGUGUGGAUGUUCAUUGAAGCGGUGUUGCUCUACAUCUUUGUCAAGAACCUAUCGAGGAUCAGCUCAAGGGAGAGUCAGAUGCUUAGCUGGAAGUAUAUGAUCGUGAUUGGAUACAUCAUCCCCCUGGCAAUAGUGGGCAUAACAUCUGGACUGAAUCCUAAAGGCUAUUAUUCGGAAAAGUGCUGGCUUAAAAAAGAAUUUGUCUGGAGCUUUCUGGGUCCUGUGGUGUGCAUUAUUGGUAUCAACUUGCUUCUCUCUUGUGUGAUCUUCAUAAAUCUAAAAUGGGCUUUGGCAAGACUGGAUAAAAGCGUUUCACAACUAAAACACACCCAGACCCUUGUGUUUAAAACCCUGCUCCAGUUUGUCAUUCUUGGCUGUCCCUGGGUUCUGGGUUUCUUUGCUGAGGGCAACUUCAUUUUAAAGAAUGUGUUCCUGUUUUUAAAUUCGCAGCAGGGAACCUUCAUCUUUAUCGUUCAUUGUGUCCUCAACCAAGAGGUCAGGCGGCAGUACAAGCAGUGGUGGUUUGCCCUUCGCCACAACUCCAAGUAUAAGACCAUGGAAGAGGACGUCGUUGUUAAAACCUCACAUUUGCAUUUAAACUAAUACAAAACAAUGUUAAUGCCUAAUGUGGAAUCAGUUUAUCACAAUGUGUAAAACAUGUAAUAUUGGAGUACAAAAAAAGAAAUAUUUAAAUAUCUG